AUGUAUGCUACGAUUGCAAAGCGAUUCUAUUCUCCUGGAUUGAAGCAACAAAUUGAACGAUUCAAUUGUGAAAUUUGCCAACUCAAUAAAGCGGCGAAUGUUCAAUAUGGACAGCUACACGAACAACACGCGGAUUUGGUUCCAUGGUUCUCAGUUGCUGUUGAUUUGAUUGAUCCAUGGAAAAUUGACGUCAACGGUAGAGAGCUUGAAUUCAACGCGUUGACUUGUAUUGAUCACGUGACAAAUCUCACUGAAUCUGCUUUUAUCAAGAAUAAAACUGCGGCACACGUGGCAAACGUGUUCAAAAUGCUGUGGUUGUCGCAAUAUCCGAGACCAUACAAAUGUAUUCACGAUCAAGGAGGCGAAUUCAUUGGCAAAGCUUUUCAAGCGAAACUUGCUACUUGGGGAAUCCAUGAUGGCGGAACCACUAGCAAGAAUGCGACUGUAAAUGCGAUCUGUGUACGAAUGCAUUUGACAGUGGCCAACAUUUUGCAAACCAGAUACAACAAUGCUGCUCCAAACUUUCAAGUUGCUGUUGAAGAAAUCAAGCGAGCUCUAGCUGCUUGCAAUCAUGCAAUGAGAUGUGCUGUAUCAACAGCAUUGAUGAACAAUACUCCUGGUGAGACUGUGUUUCAUCGUGACAUGCUACUAAACAUUCCUAUGAUUGUCGAUCUACUUUCUAUGCAGCAAAAGAGACAGUACAAGAUCAAUGGAAACUUGAGGAUACAGAAUGCAAAGCGAAAAGAAAUAUAA